CGGCCAGUUGGAACGAGAAAAGCCGCGCAGAAAUAUACCGUGGCCAGAGCCGACCAAAUUUGGACAGCAGAAUAUGCCUAUAGACGGUCUCUGUUUCUAAUCGCCUAGGCUCGUCACCGUCAGCUUGCAGAACGCCGGUAGGAGCUUCCGAGCACCGGCCUGCCCCUUAUACCAACCCCGGGCCACCCCGAGACAACUCAAACAACGUUGCCAUCCAUGAUGGGAGCAUGCAUGAGCUCCAAUAAGGAGGAGGAGGAGCAGAAAAAACGAAGUCAAGCUAUCGACCGGGCGCUCGACGAGGACUCGAGGAGGCUGCGGCGAGAAUGCAAGAUCCUGUUGCUUGGAUCCGGCGAAAGUGGGAAGUCGACUAUCGUCAAACAGAUGAAGAUCAUCCACCUCAAAGGCUACUCGGAGGAUGAGCUAUACAACUACCGCGCGACGGUCUUCAAGAACUUGGUCGAAUGUGCGAGAGCCGUCAUCAUCGGGAUGGACCAAUUCGAUAUCGAAGCAAGCACCCCAGAAGCUAAGGAAUUAUGCGAGUACCUGUUGGGUUAUACCGUGGAAUCGGGUCCUACGGCUCUCAUCGAACAGAAAGUUGCCACCGCUGUGCAGGCUCUAUGGCACGACCCCUGCGUUGAGCGGCUCAUGCAACACUCUACCGAAUUUUACCUGAUGGACUCGGCGGAAUACUUCUUUGACGAGGCGUCGCGAAUAUGCGCCCCCGACUAUCUACCGAACGAGAUGGAUGUCCUUCGCGCUAGAACAAAGACGACAGGCAUCUACGAGACUCGGUUCCAGAUGGGCGCACUUAGCAUCCACAUGUUUGAUGUCGGUGGCCAACGGAGCGAGCGGAAGAAGUGGAUUCACUGCUUCGAGAACGUGACGUCCAUCAUAUUCUGCGUGGCGCUUAGCGAGUACGACCAAGUGCUCCUCGAAGAGAGUAGCCAGAAUCGGAUGAUGGAGAGUCUACUCCUUUUCGACUCCGUCGUUAACUCGCGAUGGUUCAUGAGAACGAGCAUCAUAUUAUUCUUGAACAAGGUCGACAUUUUCAAAGUGAAGCUUCCCAAGUCGCCGUUGGGGAACUACUUCCCAGACUAUUCGGGCGGCAACGAUGUCAAUAAGGCCGCCAAGUACCUGCUCUGGCGAUUCAACCAGGUCAACAGAGCUCACCUCAACCUAUACCCACACCUGACCCAAGCAACCGAUACCUCCAAUAUUCGCUUAGUAUUCGCGGCGGUGAAAGAAACGAUACUCAAUAAUGCACUUAAAGACUCUGGCAUAUUGUGAUUUCGCCUCCUGUUCCGACACCCCCCCGAGGGGGACACCCUUUGCCUUAGCCCGAGGCGAUAAUUACAAAAGCAUUGGGAAGGAGUUUUUGGCAGGGACCUUGCAGCUGUCCUUUUUGAUAAAUAAGGAGGGGGGGGGUGUUUUUUUUUUUGGCAAGGCGUUGGGAGCUCCAAUCUCACGGGUUUCGGUGCCUUCGCGGCAUGUGGGCACGACACGGGAUCACAAGGCAGAGAAAAAUACACCGGCUAGAGACACCGGCUAGAGAGUUUCGGCAGGGGGGAUGAUUCAUAUUCCCGGUUGGAAGAUGCUGCCCAAUAUUCGAUCGAGAGCCCGAUACAUAUCACAUUCGAUAUGGUAUGGACGAAGGGCAGGGGAACGCUACCUAGGCAUUGGCUCGCUCAGACGAAGUCCGCAAAGCAGGUGCCGUAUGUAGCCCCUGGUUGGCUCCAGUUCUGUGAGAUAGCUACCUAGGUACCUAAUUACGAUGCAAAAGGCGACAGACAACCUCGACGGUGUCUUCGAGAUGUAAUCGAUACUGAAGCUGAUGGAUACCACGAAUACUGUAUAUGAGCUACGUUAGAUACGCAAUGAGAUACGGCCUCGCGGGGGUGGGUC